CUGCGCAGGCGCGGACGCCUGCGCAGAAGGGCCCGGGGAAACGGGUGGGGGGUGAAGAAGGGGCCGGCCUUCGAGCGACAGCGACGCAAGAUGGCAGCCACCACGGGCUCGGGAGUAAAAGUCCCUCGCAAUUUUCGACUGUUGGAAGAACUGGAAGAAGGCCAGAAAGGAGUAGGAGAUGGCACAGUUAGCUGGGGUCUAGAAGAUGACGAAGACAUGACACUUACAAGAUGGACAGGGAUGAUAAUUGGGCCUCCAAGAACAAUUUAUGAAAACCGAAUAUACAGCCUUAAAAUAGAAUGUGGACCUAAAUACCCAGAAGCACCCCCCUUUGUAAGAUUUGUAACAAAAAUUAAUAUGAAUGGAGUUAAUAGUUCUAAUGGAGUGGUGGACCCAAGAGCCAUAUCAGUGCUAGCAAAAUGGCAGAAUUCAUAUAGCAUCAAAGUCGUCCUGCAAGAGCUCCGGCGUCUAAUGAUGUCUAAAGAAAACAUGAAACUCCCUCAGCCGCCCGAAGGACAGUGUUACAGCAAUUAAUCAAAAA